AUGGAGUCCUUUCUCCCCCUCGGCGGCUUCCAGCUGCCAUUUCAGAGGAGGCUUAGCCGACUUUAUAAUGAUACCAAAAAGUCUUCAGACUUUGUCAAGGAGUCCGUGUCGGAAGACCCCGAGAUCAAGGCGAUGCAUCGGAAAAUGAAAAUUCAAAAAGAUCGACUGGUGAGCUGGGGUCUCGAGUGGUCGGAUCCGUCAAAUGAAAAGGAAAUCGAUGAGUCUCUGUCCAAGGCCGGCCUUAGUGAUCUCGUCGGCAGCAUCAUGUCUACCAUCAAGGACAUACUAGCAGAGGCCGAGCCCCUGUGGUUGAGUUCAAAGAGGCGAUUGAACGAAAAGGAAACCGAGGGCGACAAGAAGAUUCCAAUCGUGGUCUGGGACAAGGGACGAUUUGAGGAUCUCAUCAAGGACCUGACAGCUUCCAUCGACACACUCCAUGAUCUUUCCCGCACGAGAUCAUCUGCGGCAACAUCAGCUCGUGCGGCACGGUCAGCCAAAUCAACAGAAGAGCUGAGGCCAUUUAGCUCAACCAGGAUGCAGACACCACAGCAAAUUGACCCGCGCACACUCACGACCAUGACUUCUAGGAUUGCCGUCAUGUCCAAACAAGCCUAUGCUGAUUUAAACAACGGGCGGCAAUGGUCGCCUCUGCUCCUCGAAUACGCAGCAUUUGAUCCCAUUUAUUCCACGACGGGCAUCAUGCCAUCAAUGUCUCGUUUUGAAAAAUUGAGCAAUGGUCUCCAAAGCGAGUCUCAUCGAUCGCCAGGGGCUUGGAUCGGCCUACCGCUCCUCCUUGGUUAUUAUGAAGACAUGGAGAACUCGAGGCUGGGCCUUGUAUACCAAUUUCCUGCAAAUUUCAAGUCCAUGCCGUCCGAAAACCUUGCAUCCAAUCUCGUCGACAACCUUUGCACUCUGGAAGAUCUGCUCGCGAGACCUGCUCCACGAUUGGAGGCAAGAUUCCGACUAGCUCACAACCUGGCGAAUACUGUUUUUGACAUGCAUGCUCGUGGCGUCACCCACGGAAAUCUCUUGGACACGACUAUAUUGUUUUCUACCAAUGGCGACGAAGCCGAUGUCCGGAAGCCUCUGAUCUCAUCGUUUGAUCUUUUCGCGGAUGAAGGCCCUCAAAUUUCUUCCACCUCUGCCACUCUUCACCGGCAUCCUCUUGAUCCGAGGACAACUACUGACUCUCCGCUCGUGAGCAUCCGCGACUCCAAGACGCUGGACCUCUACUCUCUCGCAAUGAUUCUAGUUUCGAUCGGCUUGUGGACAAAUCUGGAGAACUUGACUUCUUCACCAAGCAUACCAGAGUCGGUUCUCGACCAGUUGGGUGUCCAAUGUGGUACGCUGUACAUGAGAGCAGUUCAAGUGUGUUGGAAUGCGGUGGAGCAAGAGCUUUCACGGCAGAUAUCUGGCGACGAAAUCUUGAGCCAAGUCCAAAUACGUGCCAGCCGCUACCUCGAAGCUUGCAGUAUCCUUGAUGGCGUUAGUGAUCUAGAUGACCGGAUCGGCGAUGUUGGGGAUCCAGGUGGGCGCGAACGACAACCAUCUCUUGCCAUCUCCAUGUCGUCUUUAGCUGGCCCUUCGACGGACAUUCGACAACCAAGAUCCGCAGCCACUACACCAAUUGUUCAUGAAGAAAGGCGUGAUGUGCCGAGACCCACUGUCGUUUCUGCUUCGGCACCAAGCACUGGUAAGUCGCAUACUCCUCUUCUAGCCGAGUGGUCGGUACUAAGAUUUACAGACUCGAAAGUCAACCCAUCGCCAAAGCUACGGCUUUACCCACAAAUUCCCCUACCUCCAGACGCAGUCGAGCAAUGGAAUACCAUUGUCAUGCCACAGGUCAACAUGGCAUUGAGGCAUUUCUGCCGCAAGCACCCCGAGUCGAUUGAAAUCACCUUGGAAUCAAUCGGCGAGUCCCCUCAAAAGACUAUGCCAACCGUACUUGUUGUUUGCACCUCUGUCGCCAAAGUCCGCAGUAUCAUAACGAAAAAGCUUGGAGCUUUGUUUGAUGGCCCAACGGGUUUCGCGCUCAAGGUUUGCAGAGGAUCUGUUGUUCGAUCUCGAAAGGAUAUCGGGCAGACUGGUGAAAAUGACCAAGAUGAGCCCGCCAAUCCGGGUUUCCAGGUCAGACCUCAAAAUGGAGCAAGCAUUGGUGCUUGGAUAGGUGACCGACACCUACCACCUGUCAGCUUUGGUGGGCUCAUCACCGUCAAUGACAAAACGUACGGCAUGACUGUCCAUCAUAUGCUUGACGAUCAAGAUGAAAUGCAAGCAAACAAUCCGCCCAUGAGGAGCGCAGCCCACGACUAUUCCUUUGAAGAUUCAGACGACACCAGUGGCAGUGAAGACUACGCAUGCGAGUUCUCCGACGCCGAGUCCGACUUCUCUGCCACUGACUUGACUAGUGAUGACGAGGAUGAGGAUGAAGAGUUUGAAGAGGACGGCGAUAUUCCUGGAGUCGAGCCCGGCUGUGGCGAGGGCUACAUCAUCACACAGCCUGCGUUUGACGAUGUGGAAAAGGGUUUCUACCCCUCGGAAGAGACAGAGGACGAGGAUCAUCUUGACACGUAUCGGCUUGGUGAGGUUCAUGCGAGUUCGGGCAUCCGACGCCGUUACGAGUCGAAUGGAUAUGUCCAUGAGAUUGACUGGGCUCUCUUUGAAUUCCAGCAGGACCGAUUCCCCAUUAUUAAUCAGGUACCCCGCCUGAAGCAACAGGAUACUUCGCCAGCCGUUCAUUUUCAACCAACCAUUGUAGCACCGUUGGAAGAGCUGCCAGGAUUGGAAGUCCAAUGCAGCGCGCGUACGAGUGGUCUUCAGACGGGCAAGAUUCUCCCUGCCAUUGCAUCCAUCAAGUUGUACGGCCGUACUUCCAUGAGCCACACGUAUCAAGUCAGCAGCAAGGCCGCUUCCGACUCGGUUCCUGUACUCGGCCCUCUGAGCAAUUCGGCUGUCAAUACUCGAUCCAUUCCUGGAGUAUCACUUGGAAUUCCCGGAGACUCUGGCGCUUGGGUGGUUGAUCGACGCAGAGGUCAUUUGUGCGGCCAUGUGCUCGCGUUCAGCCACAAGAAACAAAUUGCCUACAUUUCUCCAAUGGAUAUUCUCGUCAAGGAUAUUGCUGAAACCCUCGAAGCAUCAGAGAUACGACUUGGAGGAGAAUGCGUCUUUGCUAGAGACGUGGAGGAUUUGAGUGAUCUCAUAGAAGACGACGAUGAAGAUGAAGCGCAAAGACGAGUGGCUAUACGGAUGAAAGCCCUCGGCACCGACAUGGAUAAAAUGCAGCUCACCGAAGUGCAUGUAUAG